GUCGUGUGAAGCCGUCUUUUAUGUUCUUUUUUUUUUUUUUUUGUUUUGGACACCACAUAAAGUUUGCGUUGUUGAUAAUUUUCCAACUGAAACCUGGUUCUUCUCUUCAGCAAUGAAGUUGAUUAAUAUAACGUGGUUGAUUCUCAGUGUGUUCAGCAUCACCUGUUACGCGCACAACGUUGCGUUGCCUCCGUACGGUAAACAGUGUUUCCACGAACACUUGAAAAGAAAUGAUGAAUUGGCAGUUAGUUUCCAAGUUGGUUCUAGAAACAGUCAAAAUGCUGAACAAUUCACAAUAGAUUUUUUCAUUAUUACUCCCAGUGGUCAAGUUAGAUUGAAGAAAAACGAUAUGGAUCACGGUGAUGAAUCAAUUAAGGCUGACGUGGAUGGGAAAUACCAAUAUUGUUUUUCAAAUGAAAAAACCAACCGUGUUGAUUUAGAUGUUACUUUUAAUGUUCACGGGGUUAUCUAUAUUGAUGUUAAUGAUCCUAAAUCUGACUCCUUGGAUUACGCCGUCCAAAGAUUAAGUGAGUUAACCAGUGACGUUAAGGCUGAACAAGGUUAUUUGGUUAUCAGAGAAAGAACCCAUAGAAACACUGCUGAAUCAACUAAUUCAAGAGUUAAAUGGUGGUCGGUUUUCCAAAUCUUGGUGGUUGCUUCCAACUCAAUCUUCCAAAUUUACUAUUUGAAAAGAUUCUUUGAAGUGAAACUGGUUGUUUAAUCAUGUAUACUUUGGUGUCAUUAAUAAAACGCAAUUUUCAGUAUUCUAUUGUAGUUAGAAAUUCUAUUAGUUACAAAUCUGAUUCAUCCACUGAUUUGGUCAUAAUGAUUUAGUCAAUCAUAACGAAUCAUGCAUAAUACUGUGAUUCAACGUACCUAAUGCUUUGAUUCAGCAAGACCGAUUUACUCAGUCAUAUACCAAUGAUUUCAUAGACAUAUAUUUGGGCCAAACUCAUAGGAUCUAAUACUCUUAUCAUAUAGUUCUAAUGCUACAGUAUUUACCUGCCGUUGAGAAGACAUCGUACCGAGAGUCUGUACCGAGUCCCUGUACUGAUGUAUGUGCCGAGUCCUGUACUAAUAGCUGUUCGUUCCAGUAAUUCUACAAUACUAGCAGUAGUUAUGGUAAUAGCUGUAGUAAUACUAAUAGUAGUAGUAGUAGCAGCAGCAGCAGCAGCAGCAGCAGUAGUAG